AUGAAUAAUUUAUCAAGGAAAUGUCCUGUAAUUGCCAUUUGUGGUGCUACGGGUACCGGGAAAUCAAAACUAGCUAUCGAUUUGGCAAGACGCUUGGGUGGACAAGUCAUCAACGCCGAUGCUGUUCAGCUUUACAAAGGUCUUGAUAUUGCCACAAAUAAGGUAACAAAGGAGGAGGCAGGAGAUGUGGUUCACCACCUUCUGGGUUGUCUGGAUCCAAUAGAGGGUUUUCGCUACAACGUGCAUUGCUAUCGCCGUGACUGCUGUUAUCUAAUUGAUGUAUUGAGGAUGCACGGAGUGACACCCGUGGUGGUUGGCGGGACGCACUACUACCUCGAGGCUGUUCUCUGGCGGGACUUCCUCCGUCCCACGAAGGAGCGAACUUCCCAUGGGAAAGGAAAUGUGGAGAAGAUUGAGGCAGCAAAUGCUACGGCUUCUCAGUACUCUCGGGAAGGCAGUAGUAUUGGGCUUUAUUUACCGACCCAUAAUGGACUGAAAAACUAUUUUACCAUCUUUCGUCGUCCUAGAAUGCGCUUACCAAAGGAUCCAAGGGAUUACUAUGCUGCCUUGAGCAAUGUCAAUUCGGAGGCAGCCAUACAUCUUCAUCCCAACGACACUAGAAAACUUCAACAGGCUCUCUUGGUCCAUCUUUCCUGUGAAACGGCGAAUUCAUCUGCCACUGACGCAUUUUCACCACGAACUUCGACCAAUCGGAGCUCUUGUCCGCGUUAUCCUCCACCAAACAGUCUUAUUUUUUGGCUUUGUUGUCAGUCUUCGAUACUUAAUCUGCGCCUGGACGAACGGGUUUCGAAAAUGGUGCAGCGUGGACUCAUAAGUGAGCUGGACGAUUUUCUCAUUUCUGCAGCCAAAUCUCUUCUUCCAGAUGGUCCAUUUUUCAACGAAGAUGGCAGUGUUAAUGAGGCGGGAAAGAAGGCGCUCUUUCAGCUUGCCAACAAGGAUCUUCUACCCUCAGUUGGAACGGAGCAUUGGUGUCGUGGCAUUCUGCAGAGCAUAGGAUUUAAGGAAUUCGAGGACUUCCUUCAACUGUCGGCGUCCGAAAGGGAGUCUGUAAAUGGCCGAGUGAUGUUAGCCGAGGCAAUUGAGAAGAUGAAGAUCGCCACAAGACAGUAUGCUCGGCGCCAAUUACGUUGGGUAAACAAUCGGUUCCUUCGGCGUCCUGCUCUUGGUGGCAUUCCUGUCUAUCGUCUUGAUGUAACGCCCGUGCUGACUGCUGCUUCGCCUGAAGAAGCAGAGUCAAUCUGGAGCUCAAAUAUCCUUGAACCAUGUCUCGCUACCAUUAUUGGGGAGGCGAGUCCCUUACUCCUUACUCCAGAGCCGUUCGUGGACACACCUUCCACUGAUGUUCCAGAAGUCCCACCUCCUCCCUAUAUCUGUUCGGCUUGCAAAGGGCGCGUGUUUGUAAAUCUAUCCCAAUGGACAGAGCAUCUUAAUAGCCGAUCGCACAAGAAGCGAUUGGCGACUCUUAAAAAGAGAAAUGUACAAAUGUCUCUGAAAUAA